AUGACUUUCUUGCAGAUUGAAAUAGACAUAGAGCCAACAGACAAAGUAAGUAAUGACUUCCAAGAGAAUGAUUUUUAGUUUUAAAAUUAUUCUUAGAAACAAUGAGCACUUUUUUAAAAAAAAGGAAAAUACUUAUUUUAACAUUUUUUCUCUUGAAAAUUCAAAAUGAAUUUAAAAAGUGCUGCAUAUCAUUGUAAGUCAUGUCAAAAAUUACUGGUACUGUUUAAAUGUGUAACGCUGGAAAAAGAUGUAUUUCUUUAUAUACCAGUUUUAGUUUUUAUAGUACUGUAGUAUCUGGUCUAAUUGUGGUCUGUGGUGCUUUGAAUUUUUUUUCUCACAUUUUAAAUUUCAAAAUAAUAAAACUAUUUUUAUUUAAAAAAUCAUAAGUAGUAUUUUUUAAGAGCUUUGGGAUCUGAAAAGUUUUUGCAGUGUGAUUUGGCUUUUAUCUUACUCAUAAUGCUGUCAAGUGAUGAUAUUGUUCCAUGCUGAAUAUACAUUUUACAUAGCAAUAUAAGGGUCACAAAUUGGCAUUCAGUGUUAAUGAAGAUCAUUCAGUGUUAAUGAAGAUCGAGUUAAUACUGUAGUUUAUUACAAAAAAUGUGUGUGUUUAGUUUACUUAAUUGAAAAAAUUUAAAAAAUUAAAUAAACUAGCUUAACAUUUUUAAAAAUCUUUUUUACAGCCUUUAAAUCUAGCAUGUUGAAAAUUGAUCAGACAGUUGUUAGUAUUUUUUUAAUAAGCAGCUCUUGUCAGAAGUUAUUUAAUUUUUUAAAAGCAGUCCUUGCACAAACUACGUAAGCCAAGUUGGCAACCUGAGCCAAGUUUGCAGCACUGAGUUUAAGAUUGUUUAAUUUUCUGCCCAUUAAAAGUUCUCCCUCUUAAAUUAAUGGAUAUUUUUUUACUGUUCAACAACAAGAGAGUUAUUACUAAAGUAUAUACUCGUCCUAAAGCUGACCAUUUUUUUUGGGUUAUUUUUAAAGGGGAUAAAUUGAGGAUUGUUAUUGUAUCUUGCCAAGGUCCUAGUUUAUCGUAAACUCAAAUACAUUACUAGAAGCUUUAAACAUUAAUAAAUAUCUGCACUUAACGUGGGUUAAUUAUUUAUUUGAUUUGUUUUAUUUUUCAAAUAAAAUAUAGUUUUAAUGUCAUGUUUCACAAAUAUUGUUUUCAACAAAAAAUUUUAAUUCAUACACUUUGAAAAUUGUUUGUUAUGGUACUGUGUUGCUUUCCCUUGCAUAAUAUUUUAUUCAUUAGCUUAACUAGGGACUGGAUUUUUGCUGACCCCUUUCACAAAAACACUAUGCAGUUGGCAAAAAAAUGCUGCACCCCUUUCCUACACCAGAGAUUUUAUGGGGUGGGUGGCUUUUGAGCCAGUUAUACUUAUACCAUCUUCAGACUUUUCCAGUUUAAAACUAGGAUGGUCAGGUUACUAUUGAACAGGCUUUAGAACAAACAUCUCCAGUGACAAGAUUAUUUUAAUUGCAAAUGUGAAAAUAAGUUCCUGUUGGUAUAAAUUUCAGCAAGUUAACCUGAUCCUUUACUUGAACAAUUUAAAAACUGAAUAAAAAAAAGAUAGACACAAGUUCAUCAAAAUGUACAUUUUAUUUAUAUUUUUUCAGGUUGAGAGGAUAAAAGAAAGGGUGGAAGAAAAGGAAGGCAUACCCCCACAACAGCAACGACUUAUUUUCAGUGGAAAACAAAUGUAAAUUAAAUAUUUCCGUCAGUUUUAUCUGAAGUAAAAUAAAUAAACCUAUAAUAAUGGUCUUUAACUGUUGUAAAUAGGAAUGUAAGGCAUGCUAAUUGUAUUGAAAUAUUAAUUAGUGGGUUAAACUAUUCAAUUUUGUGCAUUCUCAUUGUGUACAAAAAACUUAUUGCAGUUCUUUUUAAUUUAAAAUUGAUAAGAUGCAAACCUUUCAAAUUGUUUGACUAAGUCUCAAACUCCCUUCAUAUUGCCCCCAAUAUAUUUUUUCACUAAGUCUCAAACCAUCUAACAAGUAAAAAUAGAUUAAAAAGAGAACUGCAGAUGUUAGUCAAUAAACUUAACUUAAAUCUUUAUGACUAAAUAAUAAAAAUUAUUGUAAAAUUUAUAUCAUAACUUAGAAGUCAAUGGCUCCACUUAUCACUGUCAGAUUAUGUUCUGUAGUUCAUGUCGUAAUGUUUGUGCUAUUAUGUGAGUGAACAAGGGUAUUUUUCCAGACCUGUUUACUCUUAUGAUUUUGGCGUACAAUGUACAAUUUUGAGGUGCAUACAAUAUAUAUAAUGUAUGUUUAUUUUUACUAUAAAUAUAAGGUAUUGAACAAUUUUGUGAUGAUAUUGUACGAUUUUAAGAGUUUGAUGGUAAACAGGUCUGUUUUUCCCUUUUAAAUUUUUCUUUUAAUCUGGAAUUUAACUUAGGCCAUGUAAGGCGGCGUCAGAUUGAUGAUUAAAAACUUGGGUAUAAAGGCUGUUUACAUUUUUGUGAGCCAGAGAGAGACUAUGUAUUUUAGCUAGGAGUGAAUUUAUAUUUUUGUGAUAGGAUGUGUAGGAUUUCUGGAGGUAAUAUUUUUUCUGAACACCAGUGGUUAUUUCUUUUGCAUUUUGGACUGUCAUGCCUACCAUGCCAGUAAGUAAAGAAAACUAUACCUUUUAAACACAUUGUAUUACCAGUAUUUUAAUUUUACAACGCAUGAGCUCUACAGCGGCUAGAAGAAAAGUGGUUUCUACUUUGUUUUCUUAGGCAAUAAUGAAGAGGACAUAAUCUCUAGACAACGUACUUUUCUGCACACUACAGUUGUUUUAAUUGUUUUUACUCCCACUACCUAAAAUACCACCCACAUAAACACACCGCAGGUUGGGAAAAUCUGUCCUAUAUGAUUACUUGUUGAUUAAGUAUCACCAAAGUUUUAAACAGUUUUAAUAACUGUAUGAAUUUUUUAAGCUUUUAUUAUUCUUUUUGAAAGGUAACUCUAGAGAUCAUACAUUGCGGAGUUAUAAAUGACUUCACAUGCUAAAAAAAAGAAAGGGUGUCAUGAAUUUGAUGUGACAUAUGAUUAAAGUGCCUAAUUUGUGUUACAAUUGUUUUGUUAACAGGAAUGAUGAAAAAACUGCCAGUGAUUACAAAGUUGCUGGAGGAUCUGUUUUACAUCUUGUGCUGGCAUUGAGAGGUGGCUACUAAACAUUCUGGCACUGAGGGUUGAGGGAGGGGAUGCAAAUGUGUUGAGAUAUCUUGAAAGGUUUACUGAAAUUCUUUCAAUUUAAUUUACAAAAUGGUGUAGGAAAAAAUAACACCAAAAAAAGAAAGUAAGCAAGAGUACGGUAGUAACAAUGUUUAAUCUUUUUACAAUGUCUUAAAACCGUAACAUAAAUUAUUUUUUUAUAACUUUUGACAAUAAAUAAGCAUUUAAAUAAGAAAUAAUAAAUCUAUAGAUCUUAAAAUAAAUAACACAAUGGCACUUCUCAACUCACCACUUACAUGAUUGGAUUGGUUUUGGAUGUAUCCUAGUAUAAUACAAUAUUUUUUUUUAGAAAUAAACAUAAAUCAACUUGUUUAAAUAAAGCUGUCAAUGUUAUUUGGGUGUUGGCUAGAUGACCCAUCUCAGAAAAAUAUGCUGGCUUGCUACAUUGAAAUGUAAUAAAGUAGCCACAAUCUGGACUACCAGUGACUACCAAACACUCCAGAACAAUAAAACGUUUUUGAGUUGAUGAGUGCCUUGUUAUUUUAUUGCAAAACAUGGUAAGAUUUGAAUGUGUUUGAAAUCCCAGCAGUAAAAAAAAAAAUUCUCUGUAUUAUAUAAGAUUGUAAAAAGCAGAUAUAUUGGUAUGUUUGUGCUUUUAUUAGAAACUGAACUGUACAAAUGUUUAUUUAUUAAGGUACUGAUUCUAAAAACAACUAAAAUAGGUAACUUCAUAAAAUUGAUUUAAAUUUUAAAUAAUUUGAUAAAAAUCUUUACUUUUUGUGGAAAAUAAGAAAAGGAAGUUGGCAUAUUUUUUAAAACUCGAGAAAGCUUCAGUUUGUACAAUUUUUUAUAAAAGCAUUUUAUUUUCUCCUUGCACUCAUAUAUUUCUUUAGAAAAAUAGUUACGUAACCUGAACUAUUAUGAUUUCAUCAUAUUAUAAAUUCAACAAAAACAAAACUUUCACAGACUUCUUUAAAAAUGUGUCUGAUUAAUGUGUAUGUGAAUGAAUGAAUGCCUUGAUUAAUAACCAACUGGACAUGCAUGUAGUUAAUGCCAGAAAUUUGUUUUAUGUUUCUUCUUUAUACAUUAUUUUAAAAUAAAAAUGUUUUUGAAAUGGUUAAACCACUUUACUUCAAUUUUUCUCAAAUCUUAAAUUCCUAAAAAUCACAAAGUGUGUGUUGCAUCUUGUAAUUUUCUUCAUGAAUGAAUUAUAUAUUUUCUUGAAUACUUGCAGAAGAAAGAAAAUCUAUAUUUAAAUUUAAAUGAACAAAGCAUU